AUGGUAAUAGAACCAAAUAUGGUUAAAAUAUUUGGUAGUAGUGGCGGUAGUACUGGUAUAGGUAAUGGUGGUGAUCGUCGAAGUAUUCAUUGUGGUAGUAGUUGUGGUGGUAAUGUUAACAGUGGCAGUGGUGGUGGUAGUAGUAGUGGUGGUUGUGGUGGUAGUGAAGUUAGUAGUGGUAGUAGUGGUAGUAGUGGUGGUGUAAAUGGUAGUAGUGGUAAUGGUUGUAGUAUUGGUAGUGGAAGUAGUAGUGGUAGUGGUGGUAGAAGUAGCUUUUAUGGUGGUCGUAGCAUUAGUAACGGAGGUGGUAGUGGUAGGGGUAGUAGUAGUAGUAGUGAUGGUGGAGGUGGUGGUAUUGGUAGUAGUGGUGAUUGUAGUGGUAGUAGUAGUUGUGGUUGUGGUUGUGAUAAUGGUAUUGGUGAUAGUAGUAGUGGGAGAAGUAGUAGUAGAACUAAUAUCAGUAGUGGUAGUACUAAAUAUACUGUGUUUUUUGUUUGUUUGUUCUCUGGAGCAAUGAGCACAGAAAACACAACCAGUGCCACUCUUAGGAGAGAAGGCCAACAUGGAUUGAAACUGUACUAA